CAUCGCUUCAAUUCUUUGCUUGGGCCUACAGGCUUCACACAGUAAGGUACCUUGCUGCAUACACCAGCACAACUAGCACCAAAGGUCGAUUUCCCUUCCUGGACUUCAGUCCUCCUUCGUCAACGACGGGCCUCGGGACGUGCUCUUAGCCUCCGACUAACCCAACUCCCUUGCAACUAUUCCUAUUCGGCUUGCGCCAACGCCCUUCUUCCCAAGUUCCUCCUCCGGCUUGGUACAACGGCGCAGUAAUAAUUCACCUUUAUCCUCUUCUUCUCUUCUCUUUCCUCCUGCAACCCCUGGGAGCUUGUGACCACCCCAUCAACAGCACCCGCCGUAGCGUCCGUUACCAACAACUAGUCAACGACUGACUACCAUGUCUCGUCGCGACAUCUGCUAGCACUGACCGAUCUCCUUUUGCAUCUUCGUCACCUUCGCUCGCCUAUAACUCUGUCUCUCGCCGGACGUGAACGGUCUGUUCCGCCAGCUUCUACUCGUCUGUCGCUUAUUUCACCCUUGCACACUUCACGAUGGCCACCCUCGCAGGGGAACACAACACGGCCCCGAACGGGACCGAGUCCAUCUCCGAGUCCUCCCAAUCCUACGGCAAGCCCGCCUCUAGAAACGGCCCACCAGAGACGAUCAAGGUCGACGGCAACAAAUCUUUGACUCUAACCUCGGAGAAUCUCCUUCUGAAUGACCCAACAGCGAACAAAGCCAACCGGACUUGCGGUUUUGCUGGGUUUGGCGCAUCAGCACCCUCGAUGCAAACCGUCCCCUUAUACAACGUCCUCUGGGCCGAACUGACGGGAGAGACCCUCACGAUCGACUACGCGAAACAGGCCGGCAAGCAACGAGUACAGGCUGCGAAAUGGACUUUUACGGUUAACGAUGCGGAGAGCCCGGAUGUCAAGUCCUGGAUCGAUACCCUUAUGAAAAAAGCAUACGGCCCGGCGAAACUAUGCAAGAGAGCAAAGGUCUUGGUUAACCCGCAUGCCGGACCGGGAGGCGCGGAAAAGAAAUGGCGUGUAGACGUCGAACCUCUGUUCAAGGCGGCGCGCAUGCCCAUGGACGUGGAGCACACCACCUACUCAGGCCAAGCUCUUGAAAUAGCGCGGGAAGUCGACGUGAACGCGUUUGACACGAUCGUUACCUGCUCUGGUGAUGGUUUGGCUCACGAGGUAUUCAAUGGUCUGGGUCAGCGGCCCGAUGCGUCCCAAGCCCUGCACAAGAUUGCCGUCUCGCACAUUCCCUGCGGCUCGGGCAAUGCGAUGAGCUGCAAUCUUUACGACUCGUAUCGACCGUCGAUCUGCGCUCUUGCCAUCAUCAAGGGAGUUGAGACCCCAAUGGAUCUGGUCAGUAUCACACAGGGCGACCGACGCACCCUCAGUUUCUUGAGUCAGGCCCUUGGCGUAGUGGCCGAGAGCGACCUGGCUACCGAACACUUGCGGUGGAUGGGCGGCGCGCGCUUCACCUGGGGCUUCUUGGUCAGAAUAUUCGAAAAGAAGUGCUACCCCUGCGACUUGGCUGUAAAAGUCGAGAUCGAGGACAAAGCGGGCGUCAAGAAGCACUACAAGGAGUACACGCGCAGCGCGUCGGCAACACAUUCGGGCGCCAGCGAGCCUCCGAGAGCGGAGAAUGCUGAUGCUGUUUCGAGUCCUUUCGAUGACCAGGAGGGACUGCCGCCUUUGAGAUUCGGCACCAUCAACGAUGCUCUGCCGGACGGAUGGGAACUGAUACCCCAUGACAAGAUGGGCAACUUUUAUUGCGGAAAUAUGGCAUACAUGGCCGCCGACGCCAAUUUCUUCGCCGCUGCUCUCGCCAAUGACGGUCUGAUGGACCUUGUCUGCAUCGACGGAGACAUGUCAGUCGGCGCCCAGCUGAGCAUGCUAAUGUCUGUGGAGAAUGGAAAAUUCUUUGAUAACUCUUUGGUAUCGUACCGCAAGAUUUCCGCCUACAGGAUCAUUCCAAAGAACCAGAAAGACGGCUACAUCAGCAUCGACGGCGAAAAGGUGCCCUUUGAGCCCUUCCAGGCCGAGAUUCACCACGGUCUUGGCAGGGUCAUUUCGAAGCGUGGCAAGUACGAAGCCCCCGGUCCCCUAGGCUGGGAGAAGAUGUCCCUACCCUAAGCGAUCGAACCAGAGCUGCACAGGGAAGGGAGACGAAAUGGGGUCUCCGGCUGUGAUUGAGGUCGAGACGGCCAGCCACGAUAUGGCACGAUGGUAUUCCGGGCCAUUAGCGAAAGGAGCAGAAGCGGAAGCGAAAGCGGAGUAGGGAGCAGUGAUUUGUUUCUUCAAAAGUCGAGAUACCCAGAUAGAACAAGACGAGAAGAGCACAGCCGUCGUCGGGCUGAGCUGGAAGAGAAGGCAGCCAGGUUGGUAAUAAGGACAGCCAUUGGAUAUCACUGUAUACUAUAGAGUACAGC